CAUUGUGCGUCACUUCCGCAAGACCUGCUAGACAUGGCGGCGACCUUGUGUGGGAAAUUAUUACCCCAAAAAGGAUGGCUCCCCUUAACCCAGAGCGUUCGACACGGCUCCAAAGCGGUCACCCGCCACAGGAAACCCAUGCACAUUCUCAAACAGAAGCUGUUAGCUGUGACGCGCUACAUCCCCCCGAAACCGGCUCAUCCUCCUGGCGCGUACCCGAGCCAAGCUGAUAUGCUCAAGGAGGAGGAGAUUCCCUUGAUGAGGCUGCUGAAGCGAGACGUGGAGGCGGUCUUCCGCGACUGCAAGAUGGUGGCCGUGGCGCAGAACAACGGCUCCACGUCUGAUGGCAUGAUAAUGCUCCAGCACCGGUUCCACAAGCACGGGAUUAAAAUCAAAUUCUUCCCCAACCAGGUGAUGCGCUCGUUCCUCAGCGAGAGCAUCUACGGCGGCAUGGCGCCGCUGUUCUUGGGGCCCACGGUGCUGUUCACCAGCAAGGAGCCCAAGGUUAAGGAGAUGUUGGCCACGCUAAGGGUCAGCCCACAGAUGGUUCUACUCGGCGCAUGCGUCGACAACACGCUGCUGAGCGCGCAAGGCUUGGCGAGCUACGCCAGGCUGCCGUCGGCCGCCGCGGUCCAGGGCGAGCUGCUGGGCGGUCUGAGCGCGCCGGCGUCGCAGACCGGUUCCUUGCUGCAGCGUCACCCCGCCCGCCUGACCGCGCUGCUGCAGCAGUACGCGGCGGAGCGGGCCGAAGCGGAGGAGACUUCGUGAAAGGAGGAACGUUCCGGGACGUUGAGGAAACGCGGGUGUCCCUAACAGACUGCUUCCGUGAUUUAAUCAGGUCUUUAUCAUCUUGUCAUUGUUAUCUACAUUAAAGGAGUUUUGUGACUGUUUUGGGGCUUACUUGAAUGUUCAAAUUCUCUUUCCCCUUUGCCAUUAAUCCGUUCCAGAUUUUAUUUAAAAAAAAACAAAAAAAAAAAACGUCUGGAAUGAUGGUAAAUACCAUGUAAAGAAUUAAACAGUUUUUGCACCACUUUUGAAUCAGGUGUAGUAACAUUAGUCCUUCUUCAAAGUGUAUAAAGAACAUAUGCCUGUAUGAAAUUGUUUGCCCUACAUGUGUUGCGCCACCAUUUCUUUAAAUAUCCUCUGCUUGUUAUAACACUAAUGCUAGUUGUUAACACAUCGGGCACUUAUUAUU